AUGAUCGAGUAUAACGUCACAAGCACCACUCUGGAGCCUAAGACCGGUUGGCCUGUCGUCGACAGUCUACUGGGAGGCUAUAUCAAAUUGGAGACGUUGAAUUGGCAGGUUGUGGCCAGAUUCCUUGCAACUAUUAUCCUAUGUAGAUUCAUCGUCGUGUGGAGCUACAAUUCGUGGUUUCAUCCUCUUGCCCGGUUCCCAGGGCCAUUCUUGGGUCGUUGCUCUCUCUUUUACCGUUUCAUCCAUAGCUCUCGGGGUAGGAUCCACUCUGCAGUAGCAGACGCCCACAGGAAAUAUGGCGAUAUCGUACGCAUUGCGCCAAACGAGCUCUCGUUCGCCAGCGUGGAGUCCUGGAAGGCCAUCUACGGCCACCCCACAAGGGGCAAUGAGAUUGCACUAAAGGGACCUUUUUAUGAUGUUUUUGCUGCCGGCUUUAACAGCAAAUGCGUCGGCAGCGAGCGCAACCCGGAGAAGCAUUCUUUGAUGCGCAAGAUGUUGAACCCUGCCUUCUCCCAGCGUGGACUGCUUGAGCAGGAGGAGAUAAUCUCUGGAAUAAUUGACAAGUUCGUCCACAUUUUGGGAGAGAAAGCGGGUCCUGGUACCAAGGGAUUAAACAUGACAAAGUGGUAUGAAAUGAACUCGUUUGACAUUCUGGGCGAGAUGGCCUUUGGGGAGAGUUUUCACAGUCUAGAUACAGGUAUCCCGCACUUCUGGGCAGAUCUUGUCCUCGAGCAUCUCUACAUAAUAACCUUGUUUGACAAUUUGCGGCGCAUUGGCUGGCUGGCCAAGCUUGCUGGACUGCUUAUUCCUGCCUCGCUCGUCACCAGUAACCAGAACUCGAACUAUAGCAGGCAGCAGGUCGAGAAGCGUCUCGAGAUCAAAGAAUCCCGUAACGAUUUCGUUAGUCUGCUGGUCGACAAAGUUCGCGCGGGAGAAGUCUCUAAGGAGGAGAUGACGGCUCAUGUCUCGACCCUUACGAUUGCUGGUGGGGAGACCGUCGCGACUACGUUGUCCGGCCUGACGUGCUUCCUCGCUCAGAACCCUGACAAGCUUGAGCGGCUCACCAAAGAGAUCCGCUCCGCGUUUAAGACUUUCAAGGAGAUCAAUGCAGUCAAGUCUCAGCAACUACCGUACCUGCAAGCCGUCAUCAACGAGGGUCUCAGACUUUUCCCUCCUGCCUCUGGUGGUGCGCCAAGAGUUUCGCCUGGUUUUACGCUACAUGACAAAUACAUUCCCAAGGGGACCGAGAUCAACGUCAGCCCCUGGUCCAUUACCCAUAACGCCAAGUAUUUCUCAGACCCCUGGAAAUUCAAGCCGGAGCGCUGGUUGGACCCCAACUCAAAGGACAUCAAGGAUGCCAGUCGUCCGUUCUUGCUUGGGCCCCGAGAUUGCUUGGGACGGAAGUAA